UAUUACUUUGAUGAGAAACCCAGCGACUCAGACAUCGAAGCUUCUCGAAGACAAAUGGAAAAGGAGAAGGGGCAACGACGUUCAAGUAAUGGCGUCCCAUCGUUUGACAUGUCUUGCACGUUUGCUGAACAAUUCACCGCGUGGCUCAAGGGCAGUGGUGGGGCUGCAAAAGUGAUCGACAAGCGCAGCAACUGGUUAGCAAAUGCUUGAAGUUUCUGAAAUUUUGCAGCGAGGACGAAGAUCAUCUCACAUUAGAUAUUGUGGACUUUUGCUUGUGUUCGCCAAAUCUACUUUUCAAAUUUGCCGAUUCAAUGCAGAGCGAGUGGCAGUUGGGUCAUGCCGGUCGAAUCGGAUACCUGGACGCCAUUGCAGAACUAGUGACCUACAGAAAAGUAAACGGAGCAUCGGAAGCGGUGCUUAGAGGGCUGUCUACGGCGGACACAUACUUGAAAAAGGUGCGUAAGACCGUCUAAAAAAUGAUGCGGCUACAGUGGACUAGCGAUUUAGACAUCGAUGUGCUAGAGGCCAAAGGGCACUGGGCAACCAUGCACGAGCUCCUUGGUGUGGUGUCUCGCUACUUGCCCCGCUACGAGGCCGUGCUGAGAACGUGCAAGGACACGCCCGACAGGGCGUCUCCGUUUGAUCUGUCGUUUGCCACUGAAUUUCUCGCCGUUUAUCUGUUUAUCCAAGUCAAGGGCUCGCGGCCAAUGACGUAUCAGUAUCUGACUGUGGACAUGGUGCGCACUGCCAAGACUAACGGAGGUUUUGUCGACCAGAAAAUGUUCAAAACAGCGGGCAAGUACGGCUUCGACUCGCUUCUUCUGACCGACACAAACAUGAGUGUGCUCGAGGGAUACAUAACCCACAUUCGCCCGCUACUCAAACCCAAGUGUGAGUACGUCCUAGUUACGAGAAACGGGGGUCAGCACAACAAGCUCGGUGAGCUGAUGAGCAAACUUGUGUUUGAAACGACUGGCAAGUAUGUUCACCCCACACGAUACCGACAAAUCGUCGAGACGUCUAGCUGCAAAGUGCUAAAAAGUGCCGAUCGAAGCGCCAUCUCUGAAGAUCAGAAGCACAGCUCGAACGUCGCCAAAGUGCACUAUCGCAAGCAGCGUUCACGCGAAGUCGCCACAAAGGCGCGCAAAUGCCUCGAAAAACUACAUGGCGACAGUGGCACCAAGCUGGACAAGAGGUUCUAACGAGGCUCUCCGACCUUUCAAACUCUUCAGAGGAUCAAGACGACUGCACGAAGUCGUGCUCUUCAACGGACGAAGUUCAAGAAAUCUCCACACCGCCAGCAGCGAGAAUGAAGUCUUCAGCCCGCAAACUACCGGCAAAGCAGAAGCGCGAAGACGCUUUUGUGAUGACAGAACUGUGCCCGGCUCGCAGAAAAUCGCUCUUAUUUACGCCCGAAGAGGACAAGUAUCUUAAAGUUGGUCUCAAAAGAUACGGGUUCGGGCAGUGGACUUCGAUCUUAAGAGACCCCGACUUCCAUUUCCAAAAAGGAAGGAGCCCCAACUCGUUGCUCAAUCGAGCAAACAGAAACAACGCCACCAUGAAUAGCCACUUAGUGGACAGGAAAGGCUAGGUGGGACAUGAUGUACUUACAGUCAUUCUAAUUUUGGCGUUUCGACAUGUUUCUUUGUAUUUAGUAAAACUGAAUGUAUCACGCCACAAGAUCGGACUAACAAGCGUCUUACAAAGUGUGCAUUACGAAUACCCUUAAUUGUAUUUGUGUAGGUAAAAUACCUUUAAUCUUUUAAGUAAUCUUGAUAAUUGGUAUCAUUACGUAGCGUUGUGCGUAUAUGAAGGCACACGACUUUAUUCAGACUUUAUGGCGACUUUGUUAUACAGAGUAUCAGGAAGAAUAUCGUGUUUACAGAACAUUAAAAA